AUGUCGUGGCCGUACCACUUCGUUUCUCUCUCCGAAAUCGACCAGGUGCACCGCAGGGACCUGCUUGAUCUUCGAGGGUAUUACGCACAAUGGUCAGCUAUUAUCGUCAUAGUCGCCAUCCGAAUCCUUCGCUUUGCUACAAGAUCAAGUGUCAAGCACGGUGGCCCGGUUUCUGGGAAGAACCGACAGUAUCUUGUCUGCGGGCUCUGGCUACUAUGGCUUUUAGGCCUUUCGAUAUGGAACAGUGGUGAUGACUACCUCCAUUUGACCAAAGCAUUGGGCCGGGUUGGACUCUCCCAAUUGCCACUACAGGUUCUGAUGUCGCCGGCGAACAUCUCUCAACCAGCAGCCUCAUCUGUACUGUCUGUUCUGACUGGUAUCUCUCAGCGAGCGCUGACACCGUACCACCGUCUCUUUGGUCGGGCGAUCGUCUCUCUUCUUCUAGCUCAUGCCGCGCUGUAUACGCUGUUCUUCGUGCAAUCCAGUCACCCUGAAUUUGGUAUAUUGCUCUUCAAGCGAGUUCAGGAUUUGGAUGUCCAAUGUGGCCUGGUCGCGAUCUUCACGGCUGUGCUGCUCGUUCUCUUCGUGCGCCCUGCUUCCCAGAAUGGACUCCAGUCUCUGCUUCUGCAGGGUACCAUUCAAGAACGCAGAAAGAUGUUUUACUUUGGUCACGUAUCUUUGGUGAUAUUGUUGUGUGUUGCGGCAUACUCUCAUGUGAAGCAGGCGCAGAAGUACAUUCUGCAGACUUUGGCAGCUUCUGUGCUUAAUUGGGUAUGCUCUCGGCUGCUAUGUUAG